CACUUUGUGAGGGCGAAGGCCACCAGUCAGUCACACACAGCCCAAACCAAACAAAACCAAAAAACAAAGAAAAAAUAGUGGGGGCGCGGCGAGCUAGAGCGAGAGAGAAGUGAGAAUUUUGGAAGAAGCGAAAGGAAAGGGCCUACGGCAAUCCGAACAAGACGACUCUCUGCCGCUUAUCUCUCAUCUCUCAAACAUCCUUAUCCAUUUCAAAACACCACUCUUCUUGUCUUUUCUUCUUUUGCUGCUGCUGCUGCUGCUCCCUCCUCCUCCUCCUUCUCCUCCUCCUAAUCCAUAUCUAAUAAGAUUCCCUUUUUUUUUUAAUUAAAAAAAUUGCUCCCCUCUCCAAUACUCAUCAGUGAAUGUUCUCUUCUUAUCUUUAUAUAUCUCAGUUCGUCUUAUCUGCCUGCCUGCCUGCCUCCCUCCCUCCCUCUGAAUAUCAUCGCUGUGCUAAACGCUUUAUCCAUUCGAUUGAAUCGAGUGGGGUUCUUUUUGUUGCUCAUUGCUUUUAAUUGGACAAAUAUAUAUAUAUAUAUAUAUAUAUUCCUGUGUAUUCUGAGGGAGGUGGUGGGUCUGUCAUAUGGCUAUUUUGUUUGAGAUCUUACAACGAUCCACAAUUGGGGAUGUAUUCAUGCUCAUGGCCCCUCUGUGGAUUGCGAUUUUAGUUGGGGUUUUUGUCGGCUGGGCAUGGAAACCCAAAUGGGCAAACCUCAUUGCAAAUUCAUUUGAUUGUUCAGCUUCCAAAGGAGGAGGAGGAGCUGGAGGUGCUUCUUCUUCUUCUUCUUCUUCUUCUUCACCGUUGCCGAUUGGUUUUUGUUCCAUUCCAAACUUGAACUUGAAUCCAUUCAAAUUGCAAUUAUCCAGCUGCAUUCCUUGGAUUGCCAAUUAUGACUUCGCAAAGGGGAUUUCAUCUCUACCAUCAAUCAUCUCAAAUUUCGACUGCACCAGCAGCAGCAGUUCAUUACAUCUAGAAAAGGAAAAAUCAGCUGUUGUUGUUGUUGUUGUGGCCAAAGAUGAUUUAGAGCAUUUAUGCCGACUUGUGGAGGAGAAAGAUGGUGGCCCUUCUUGGAUUCAGAUGAUGGAUAGGUCUACACCCAGUUUGAGCUAUCAAGCUUGGCGGAGAGAUCCUGAGAAUGGGCCCCCGCAAUACCGUAGCAGGACAGUCUUUGAGGAUGCCACUCCUGAGAUGGUAAGGGAUUUAUUUUGGGAUGAUGAUUUUCGAUUGAAGUGGGAUGACAUGCUUAUACAUGCUGAAACUUUGGAAGAGUGUCCCAACACGGGAACCAUGGUAGUUCGGUGGGUACGCAAGUUUCCCUUCUUCUGUAGUGAUAGGGAAUACAUUAUAGGCCGUCGAAUUUGGGAAUCUGGACGAGCAUAUUACUGUGUUACAAAGGGAGUGCCCUGCCCCUCUGACCUGCAGCGCAACAAGCCAAGACGUGUUGAUUUGUAUUAUUCAAGUUGGUACAUACGUGCAGUUGAAUCAAAGAGAGGGGAUGGUCAGCUGACUGCAUGUGAGGUGUUACUGUUCCAUCACGAAGAGAUGGGUAUACCUUGGGAAAUUGCAAAGCUCGGAGUCCGGCAGGGAAUGUGGGGAGCUGUCAAGAAGAUUGACCCUGGCUUGCGCGUGUACCAGAGAGAGAGAGAAUCUGGUGCUUCACUCUCACGGUGUGCUUUCAUGGCUCAGAUCAACACCAAAGUUAGUGCAGACUUCCUGAGAUCCUUGGAAAGCACAAGUGGUUCAUCAGAGGUUGAAACCCCAAAUUCAUCUGAGAAGCCCUCAAGGAGGAACAUGCGCAAGUUUCUAUUCGUUGGUGGGGCUAUAGUGCUUGCUUGCAGUCUUGACCGAGGGCUUUUAACAAAGGCAGUUAUAUUUGGAGUGGCCAGAAGGUUCACAAAGAUUGGUAAGAGGUGGUGAUUGGGAUGUUUUGACAUAUGUGUACCAAGAUGUCAUGGAAGACAUGUUUUUGCAGCAAGUGAGGAACUAUUUUUUUUUAUUUAUAAGAUCUCCUUCCAUGUCUUAAAUAUGUGGAAGGUGUUGUAUUCUUUUUUUUGAGCCACGAAGCAGCUACAGUUCAGGAGAAGAGAUAAGAUUGAAAAGUUGUAUUAGAUGAAAAUGAAAAUCUCAUUAAAGGAUCUUAUGCUGCAGAAAUAACAGGCAGAUUUAGUUGCUUUUCUUUCAUU